ACUCGUGUUUAGUUUAGUAGUGACCAUUGCGGCUAAAUCAUGUUAUCGCUGGUGGUUAUUUUAGCCAUUCUUGGAAGCGCCGUAGGACAGUACAGGCCGACAGGUGCCAUUAGUCCAGGGCAAGUUAUUAGGAUUCUUAGUCAAACUCAAGAUGGACCAAAUCCUGAUGGAUCCUAUUCUUGGAGUUUUGAAGCGGAAAACGGGAUUUCGGCCAGGGAGCAGGGUAGACAGAAAGCCCAAGACCUCAUAGAAGCCCAAGGUAGUAUGCAGUACACCGCGCCCGAUGGGACGCCCAUCCAAUUGACGUACAUUGCCGAUGAAAACGGUUUUCAACCACAAGGAGCCCAUUUGCCGACGGCUCCGCCGAUUCCCGAGGCGAUUUUGCGAUCUCUGGAAUACAACGCGGCUCAUCCAGAGGAAGACCAGGAACGACCCUCUCCCGGUGGUUUCAGACGACCUUAAGCAUUCGAUUCAUCAAAUAGGACACUGUGGUUUUAAUUUAUGAUGUUGUGAUUUUUCUACCUGUUGUAAUAUAAAAAAAGAUUUUGAAUAUAUGUAUGUGCAAUAAAAAUAUUCGACGAU